AUGGAUAUGUCAUUGAAAGAUGCCACGAUCAAGCAAUGCAUUGAUCUCGCUCUAGAAAAAGCAAAUACCGCUGUCAAUUAUGAUACCUCCAAUGAUUUUCAUAACGCAAUUGCUGCUUAUACUGAAGCUGUAGAACUAUUGGUAUUUGUAUUACAACAUCCGAGUAGUAAUAACGAUACAGCAGGCUUAAAGUCGAUUUGUAAUAUCUAUCUGGAAAGAAUUGACUUUUUAUCCUACUUGAAGAUGUCAGAAGAUAGUAGCAACAAGAAAGACAUACCUCAAAAUGAUCAAAAAUCUAGUGUUCCUUUAGUGGAAACAUCCCCUCUUGCCAUCCCUUCCUCUGCCUCUCCUUCAUCACAUCCUCAACAGCAUCAAACCUCAAAACUCAAUGCAAUGCUAAUGAAUAUUUUUGCGAAAAAGUCUACCAAAAAGAAAAAGACUUCAUCUGCUACCUCCUCAUUCAGUAAUCAUAUCAGCAUUUUCAACUUUACUCACCACCAAAAAGAUGCUCAUAAAUCAAUUGAAAUUCAGCCUAGAUCGUCAAAGAGCACUCCAAUGUUUCCUUUAGAUCAUUCCAGAUGGAACAAACAAGCUCGCACCAAGAUUCAUCACUUAUCCUCUGACAACGUUCUCUCUCAUCAAUACCAUGGUAGAUCCUUGUCAUAUACCACUACACCUCUCUACUUACAACAGCCUGUCAAUAGCCAACAAGACAACAACAAAAAAUCAAUACCAAAUAGAGAAAGUAGAUCUUCUGCAACAAUUGAACAUGACAGCUAUCCUCAAAAGCAAUUUAACGUUAGCGAUCCGUUUACAAUUGAUAAGCAGUAUAAUACCACGCCCGUGGCUCAUAGCAUUAAUCGCGGUUCUCCUGCGGCAGAAACCUCGGUCAAGGUAGAGAAUAGCUCGCCAUCUCCUAAGAGUUCCUUAAAUACUGCUCUUCCAGUUCCAAAAAAAUCAAGUCAACGCAAAAAGAGGGCAUCACCACCACCAUUCGGAAACAGUGAGCCUAUUCGUGAUUCAAGUUUGAAUGCCACUUCUGCAUGGAGAAGCACAAACCGUUCUCCGGUCUCUCUCAACUCUGUCAAUCAAUGCCGCAUUGACAUACCACCUAACUCUCCUCCUCCUCCUCCUCCAAUUUCUGACAAGAGCGUAAACAGAACAUCCACCUCUUUAUCGAAUGCUCCCAACAAACGCAUCUCUUCGCUUCGCCUCAAAACUACAUUUUCGUUGACCAAUCCGCCUACCAUCAAAAGCGGAGGCACUAUAUCCGAUCCAGAAGAUUGCAAUGAUGGCACUGUAACAUUAUCACCGUACUCAUCUAUACCAGGUUCUCCCAUCAAGACCAUUAAAAUAGACCCCCAUAUCAUUCUGAGCUACCCAGAAGCUCAAGUUACUGUAUCAAAUGAAAACAUCAUGAAUACAUUUGGCUCCAAUAUGGCUGAGCCCACUAUUAUAUAG